AUGUCCCGCAAUAAACGCCUUCUUCCGGCCUCUAUCCGCGACAUCUUAACCAAUCCCACGGCGGCAACCCUUGAAAAAUUUGACCCCUGGAACUCAGCAUCAACUGGCCAUCAACGAGCGGGAAAAUCCCAUAUUGGUGGCCCCCGCUGGCGACAGGUGUUGUCUCAAAAACUUGGGAGACAGUUUGGGGAUGACACAGGUCGUGGUGGUGGAGUUGGCGACGGUGAGUGGGAUUGGGUGUCUUCAGCGCAGUAUGGAGAAGCUAGAAGGAGAGAAGGAGGAUCCGGAGAUAUCAGAUCUUUAAUGGGUGGCGUUAAAAAGAGGAGAUUACAUGGAGGGACAGUGGACAUGAAGCAAAUCAUUGCAAAGGACAGCAUCGAUGGCGGCAUUACCCAAGGAAACGGAGCGUUCGCUUUUGAUGAUUCGAGAACUGGAAGUGACAGGAAUGACAGAUUGCAUGAACGAAACAGGGUUUACGGUACACCGUAUGUUAAGACAGAUCCAAAAGGAAGAGAAGGAAAUAUCAAGAGCCCUACACAUGCAACGCGAUGCGAGUCGAAAACCAUCAUUCCUAGUUCUCCUCCAAAGCCCCCUCAAGGUAGCCUCCAUCCUGUUUCUCAACUGACGUCCUUAGCAUCUACAACCAAAGGAAUAUUUACCAAUUUGACGAUAUACGUCAAUGGCUCUACUUAUCCACUUAUAUCAGACCAUAAGCUCAAACAUCUUCUCGUUUCAAACGGCGCAAACGUCACUUUUGCUCUCGCUCGACUGACAGUCACCCAUGUAAUCCUUGGCAGGCCGAACAGGAAUAAAAAUGGUAGCGGUGCUGGUGGAGGGCUCGCGGCGACAAAGCUGCAGUGGGAGAUUCAGCGGAAGGGUGGAAAAGGGGUGAAGUUCGUUGGAGUAGAAUGGUUUGUACAUGCCACGCUUUCCCCUGGCUUAGGUGUUGUCAUUGAUAUUCAGCUUUAUUCAGUCUCCCCGCCCCUUGUUUCCAACUAA